AUGGCCGCGCGGGAGCCGUGGGCCCGCCGCAGCAGGUCUUCCUUCCUCAUCGACGAUAUUUUAUUCAGGCCUCCUCCUCCGAUGGCCAUUGAAAGACGCCUUAGGGAUAAUGGUACGCUAAAACUUAUACAAGUAAACGCCGGCCGACAAAGAUUUCGACGAACUGCAAACGUUGAAGAAGAAACACUCGAUGCUGUUCAGUUAUCUCCUACUACUACUAGUACCAGAAGAUUGUCACAUCGUUUCGAUGUUUCCUCUACCAGCGAAUGGCGAACUUUAUGCGAGCAACAAUUGUAUCCAUUUUACGUAUCGAGUAGGCAACAUUUGUUAGCACAAGAUUAUAACAAGCGCAGAAAUUUCUCCCAGUGGUUAAUUCGACAAUGCACACGAGAUCUUAACUUCCUGAUAUGCAUUUUGGUUACUGAUGAAUCUUGCUUUACAAGAAACGGGAUUCUUAAUUUUCGAAAUACCCAUACUUGGGCUGAAGAAAACCCUCAUACGACUGCUGUUGGACAUUACCAACAUACCUUUUCUUUAAAUGUCUGGUGUGGUCUUCUAAGCGACAUCAUCGGCCCCUUCUUUUUGCCACCUAGGCUGUCAGGUAUAUCUUACUUGCAUUUUUUGCAAAAUAAUCUUCAUGAACUCCUAGAAGAUAUUCCGCUAGGCAUUAGGCAAAGGCUGUGGUUUAUGCAUGAGGGUGCUCCAGCUCACUUUUCUAAUAGUGUCAUUGAUUGUUUAAAUGCUUAUGGAGCCCGAUGGGUUGGUCGAAACGGAGCUGUUAAAUAG